AUGUCGGAGCUAGGCAUAACAUGUACCUUACCCAGAGCUAUUAAGGGUCACGCAGUUGCGGGUUUACUAGCAUCUUUCCCUGGGGAGGGCACUACUGCAUUGCAUGAAGAUCUUCCGGGAGAAUUUCCAGACAUUUCCGUUGUUGAAGAAGAAGCCUGGAUGUUAUACUUUGACGGGUCUGCCACUCCCAGAAACGACACCGGAGGAGCAGGCGUAGACCUAGUAUCUUCGACCGGCGAAGUCUUUUCACACUCCUUAAAGCUGUACUUUCAGUGCACUAACAAUUCAGCAGAGUAUGAAGCCUUCCUCAUAGAACUUAUAUUAGCCAAGCAAGCAGGAGCCACACGUCUGGAAAUAAGAGGCGAUUCUAAGCUACUGGUUAAUCAGAUGAAUGGAGUAUAUGCGCUAAAGGAGGUAACCCUAGAUCCGUAUCGAUCUGAAGCACAGAGGUUACUAAACUACUUUGCCGACGCAACCAUGACUCAUGUCGGCCGCAGCAACAACAGACAUGCCGAUUUUUUAGCAACGCUGGCUUCUAAAUUACAAUUCGAAGGCAUAAAAUAA